CUUAACAGUCUCUUUUUCCUUCCUUUAUAGAAUGCUGCAUUUUUAUAUGGUCUUGGUUUGGUCUACUUCCAUUACAAUGCAUUUCAGUGGGCAAUUAAAGCAUUUCAGGAGGUGCUUUAUGUUGAUCCCAGCUUUUGUCGAGCCAAGGAAAUUCAUUUACGACUUGGGCUUAUGUUCAAAGUGAACACAGACUAUGAGUCUAGUUUGAAGCAUUUUCAGUUAGCUUUGGUUGACUGUAAUCCCUGCACUUUGUCCAAUGCUGAAAUUCAGUUUCACAUUGCCCACUUAUAUGAAACUCAGAGGAAGUAUCAUUCUGCAAAAGAUGCUUAUGAGCAACUUUUGCAGACAGAAAACAUUUCUGCACAAGUAAAAGCAACUGUCUUACAACAAUUAGGUAUGUAAUUAUAUGUUUUAUAUGUUUCUCUGUAUAUUUUUCACAGUUGGUAAAAA